AUGAUCAAUCAACGAAAACCGCAAAAUCUCUCUGAAGCCAAGCUUAAUCGACUUCUUGAAUACAAUCAACGACUACGUGAGCUUUUGGAUAUACCACGUAUCACCGUAUCCGAAGCAUCCACUCGGCUUAUUGAUCAUUGUCAGGAUACUCGAGACCCUAUGUUGCCAUCGGUUUGGGGUCCUAUUGACAAAAAAGAUGACCCAUUCGCACCCAAUGCUCAAGGCGGUUGCUGCAGCGUCAUGUAA